UCGUGUCAUGUUGAGGGGGAUUUGUUGUGUACACAUUUGCAUUUGAACCCGAUUUUAGUGGAAUAGUAGCUUCAUUACUUUGAGUGAUAGCCACUAAAUAUGAGAGCAGAAUACUCAGUCAAUGUAUGCAGAAUUUGUUUAGAGAACGAAACGACCCAAUCGAUUUACGAGAAAGAUGAAACCGGAAUAAAUAUUUACGAGAAAAUUAUGGAAUGUGUUGACGUUCAGAUUGAUCGCGAUUGUAAAUGGCCGAAUAAAAUAUGCGAAAGUUGCUUAAGUAGUCUGAAUACUUCUUAUAAAUUCCGAAUACAAUGUAAGAACUCGGACAAUAUAAUAUUGCAAUUCUUAUCUGGGGGAAUACAAUUGCAAUAUGGUGACUCUGAAACAGAAGGAUAUAUUCUAAGGCUUGAAGAGGAAUCUGAGAACUUCACUUCCACUCAUGCGGUUGCUGAAAAAUGUGAUAGAAUAAACGAAGUACAAGAAAAGAAUUCCGACAAAGAAGAGGAGGAGAAGCUAAGCAGCGAAGAAUGGGACGACGAGUCAGCGCAAAGUCAGCCAAAGAUUAACUCACAAGCUAAAAGGAAAAAUCGUAAAAAAUCGGAUUCUAAAUAUUUGCACAUAUGUGAAGUGUGUGGGAAUACUUAUAAAUAUAAAAACUCCUUGGAGACUCAUAUGCGGCGACAUUUGAAUGAGAAACCAUUCUCAUGCGAAAUUUGUGGACGUGAAUUUGUUUUAAAUGGACAACUGACUUGUCAUAUGAGAACACAUACAGGCGAGAAACCAUACGAAUGUCGGUUUUGCAAGCGAAGAUACGCAGAUGUGGGAGCGAAAAAUGUGCAUGAAAGAGUUCAUACUGGUGAACGGCCAUUUAAAUGUGAUAUUUGCAGUAAAACGUUUAUGUAUGCAAGCGUUCUGAAGAAACACGCUCUUACCCAUACGGAUGAGAAGCAAUAUCGCUGUGACUAUUGUGGGAAAAAAUUUAGACUUCGAUAUCAUCUUACGGCCCACUUAAACACUUCGAAGCAUCAGAGUUUAAUUGAAACAUCGGAAAAGACUGUAAAGCUUGAGGAUUUAGUUAGUUAACGAAUAUUAUCUGUUUUGUGGUCAGGAUAUUCAUGAACUGGAACGGCUGAAAUAAAUAUUUUCAAAGUU